CCACGGUUCCGUCGAGGCCCGACCGCAAUAUUCUCCCAUCGCAAUCUCCGCCGAUCGAAAUACCGAAAUACCGUAUCGGCGCGUUAACUCGACGAGCGACUUCGGGGAAUGUUAAUUCGAGGAUACGCACAACGCGUAAAACGUGGGAAAAACGCCUUACGCGCAGACUUAUUCGUGCACGAUGCAACGAUGUCGGGAGAUCGUAGCACGUAGCUCGAGCGCAAUCGAGAACCGGUCCCGUUACUAAAAUCGCGCGAGACGUGAUUUUCUCUCUAGGGUAGAACAUCAAUCGUUCGUGGUGCUGUGGGUAGUGUCGGUUAAAUGCCGGAAAGUGAGUAUGCUAAAUCGUAGAGCGAGCCCGUCGGUGUGCGCACAAUGGAGGUAUCCGCGGCCAAUCUGACUUAGCGAAGCAUAUCGGGAGAAGGCAAAGAUGAUUUCAGAAAAAAUCAUUCAUUUCGCAACUACACGCGCGUGCAACUUUGGCAUCUCUCGUCUUUUGAGACUCUAAUUAAUUGAGCUGAUAUUUGAAAGUCUAAGUAAUUCGUUGAAAGUGUUUCAUUGAAAAAUCAACGAUGAUUCUUGCGGGAUAGUUGGUGAUUGAAGAACUGAUAGUUGCCGAGUCUCCGGAGGUUUUACAACAUCUAUAUAUGUGCAACACGCGUGAUGAAUCACACGGCGCACAAGCAGUGUUAAGGACAUGUUGAUGACUUUGACCACGUGCAUCGGUGAUCGAGUGUUGCGUGUUUCAUUGAUUCCUCUCGCACGAGGAUAAACGUCGGUGCUCCGUCACGUAGCACGCGUGGAUUAAGUAGUUACUUGUGCGCGGAGAAAUCGAGUGCACUCACGUAAGGCGUUUUACGUCUCUAUCGUCGCAGCGGCCACCUUACGGGUUCUCCGAGGAAGCGCAUUAUCGCAUGUUCCAUUACAGCGAUUCAAUUACAGCAAUUCAGCGACAUAUCAGAAAUUCCAGUAAACGUUUGUCGUACUGUUCCGGAUGUACGGAGAAAGAUGACGCAUCCCGCUUUAUCUCUACGGAGGCUGUCGCUAGCUCUAACACUGAUAACGAUAUGCGCGACCAUAACGGAAUCGUCAAUGAUCAGGGAAAGGAGGCACAUCGAGGAAUCUAGUCAUCGAUCGGGCAAGGAACACGCGUCCGACAAUUGGGACACAAGAUUGCCGAGCAGCACGGCGAUCAACAAGAUCACCGCGGAACCCGGAAGAAAAGUGUCUCACCAUUUGAUCGGGGGUCACCUGAGAGUCGAUACAAAUCGCCGCGAUGACGGCGAGUCGCUAUGGGACGACGGAAUUCUCAUGUCGGCAGCCGGCAACGGCAAGGAGGGGAAAAGUAAUCGCGGCGGCAGCGACAGUGGUAGCAGCGACGACGAGGACGGGAAAAAAACACUCUCUCAGCAGGUCAAGGAAGGCAAGUACGGCCUCAUACAGAACGAGAUUUACGGUGAUCGCCCGAAACGGCCCGGCAUCAUCAGCUAUCUCGGCAAUCCCGAAGUACCGAAGGACACGAUCGACAAUCUGGGCGGUCUCGACGAGGACGAGAUCUGGCUGGCCGAGAAUCAUGUGCUGGUGCUGAGAGGUGGGAAAUUUCCUGAACAUGAACAGAACGGCCAGCAGCCGAGCGGCGACAACGAGCAGCCGAAAUGGCCACCCAUCGACGAUUACAACGCCCCUAAACGGCAGGUCAAGAUACCAUCGCGGCCGAAGAUACCGCCACCCUUUCCGGUACAACUUACGGAGGGGGGGCCAGUACAACUCAUCGGACCGAAUGGCACCGCGGAGGAGAUUGCCAAUGGCACCCUUGACUACAACACGAACCCUCUUUACACGAAGGGGUUACUACCAGGGGAGGAUCCGUUCUUCGCAAUCUCUCCGAACGGCACGGCAUUCUCUGUUGAAGAAAAAUCGUCCAGAGGCAACAGUGAUCAGAAAGGAAUAAAACCAGAACUUCCUCCGCCACAUGGCGCUCUUCCGCCUUUCUAUCACGCCAUACCGCCCGGCGCGAUUUUCGUACCGCCGCCGGGUAAUCAAUCGGAUUACGACGAAGAGGAUCAGUCCAUCUACUAUCCGCCUCCGUACAGCUUCUAUUAUCCGCAAGAUAAUACGACCGCUGUGCCGCCGGGCCCCCUGGUGCCCGGCAUUAUUCUGCCCCCGCCGCCAGACUUCUUCUCUGCUCUGGACGACAAGAAAACUACCACGAAGAAAUAUACGAAACGACCGACAACCACAUCCUCGCCGGCGACACGACCAACGUAUUUGCCACCGAGAAAGCUCACGACUAAACAGAACAAGGCCUCAUCCGUUCCGCCGACUUUGGUAACCAAGACAAGUACUACUUCAUCGACCUCCACGAAAAUAUCCUUCGGUCGUGCGACGAUAAAGAACGUGACGGAUGUAUUUAAAUCUAAACAAAAGACCACGCCUAGAGUGCAAGUCACGACGUCGACAUCUGGCAAACCGCACACUCUCGAGAAUACCGAGAUAUACACCAUCAGUCCUGUAAUUGGGAAUCAAGUGUCCGAGGCGACGACCCAGCAGAAGGAUUGGUCCACGCUGGUGUCGAGCAAGACGAUUCCGGUUCUCGCGUAUUACCCGUCGACCACGCAGUCAUCGACGGUGGAACGACCGGUGGAGGUCACGCCAGCCUCCAUAAAGAGCAUCAUCACCUCUAGUCAAUCCGGUCAAUCUCCUAACCAUGCGUCUUACUACUUCUACGAAGAGUCAACCGACGAGAAUUCGGACGUCACGGCGAAGCAGUCGCCUGUUUAUUACGAGUCCACCACGAAGUCGCCGUACUACAAUAUCGAGACGUCGUAUCCUCACCAGACUGAGCAGAAAAAGCACUAUUACGCCGCUGUCGAAACGAUCCCACCAGUCGAGACCUCGAAAGACUAUAAGGUGAAGCUCAUCGACAGCAUCGUAAAGAAUUCACAGACGUUCCAGUACACCGACGACUCGGAGACCACGUCUGCGAAAUUCGACGCCAGCUCGUCUCGGGAUCAAAGCCAACGUAUGUUGGCCGACGCGCCCGUUUACUAUCAUCAACCUAUUCCUGCGCGUCCGCUGCAGACGUACUAUACGACCCCGAAGCCUCAAACGUACUAUCGUCAAACUACAAAGCCUAAGCCAGUCUAUCAGUACAGUUUCCAGGUAGCGGAUUACUCGAAACAGAGACCAUAUAACGGGGAGCAACAGCAACAGCAGCAGCAGCAGCAGCAAGACACGUCAGUAUUUAGCGAGUAUCAGGACGUCAAGUCCGGCAAUCGGCAGUACGAUUACGAAGACAUCGAUUCUCCGUCGCGGCAUCAGUUGCCGCGGAAACAGAUACCGUAUAAGACGCAACAUCCGGUUUAUUCCACGAGCACCGCCUAUCCGAUCGUAGAUACGACACCCAAUCCGCAAUACGCAUAUUUCACGCAGCAGGACGAGAAACUGUUGGACGAUGUUACGAAAGAGUACUUCACGAUCUUCGGCAAGAAACUACCGGACGCGAAGAUAUCGAGCACGACUCCGAUCUACGGGAAAUCGAGCAGCGUCACGGAGAAACCUGAGCACAACGUGAACGGCUACGUGCCGAAUGUUUAUACCAGACCGGUGACUUACAAAACACCCAGCGUCAAAGUGCGCUACGGAGAUCAGUCGCAUCGACCCUAUUCUCUCAAGGACGACACUCGUGUCAACUACCGACGACCCUUGCCGCCGAUUAAUCCGGAUAGCGAAUUUAUCGAGAUAAUUGAACCACCUAAGCAUCAGCCGAAGCAGCCAUCGCCGUUACCGAACUACGGGCUGCAAACGGAAAACUAUCGAUUGCAAAAUCAGGGAGUUCAACAACAUAGGCCGACCCCUCGUUACAGGUUGCGAGGCACGAUACAGCCAGCCAACAGACACACCAAUAAUUUCGUACCUUUCUCCGAGUCCCGGGAGGAGCUGGAGAACAUUCAGGAGCCUGUGUCGCUAUUGGAUGACAUAGAGGUCAACUACAAGAAUCCGCGUCCCCCCAUAAAUCCCGACGCAGAAUUUAUCGAUCCCGUCACGGUGCAGGACAAUCAGAACGCGUACUUCGCGUACCAACUGCCUGGUGACGUCGGCCACUUUUACUUCCUGACGCCGCAGGCGAUCACACAACGGCAAGAUCAGAACGGUGGAUACGUCUAUCCGAAGCCCAGAGGGCCGAGAUUACGGAGACGGCCAGGAUAACAUAUAAACGCGCGUAUCCAACGGCAGUCGCGCGCAAUGCCAUAAUCUCGCGGAUGUCCGAAGUGAUCGCGAGUCGCCUGCGUGCGUGCGUGUCGGCCGCACACACAGAUACAUACAUGUAUUAUUAAUAUAUUUAUUGUACUUGUAAAUACGAAUUGACUAAGUUAGAUAAUUAUAACAAUGUUGUUUUACGAUAAACGCUUAAUUUAUUACGCAACCUGACUCCCCUGCCUUAAAAUAAUAGCUGUGCGAUCGUAUUCGCAUAUGUAAUCUAUAGUAUGCACCUUGUCAUCGCAUAUUUGCGCAUUAUCUGUGAUUAAUGGAAUUACAUACGUAUACGUAGUUAUUGUGUAUUAUUGUGUAUUUGAUGUACGCGCUUUAACAAACUGCGGCGUUAUUUUGUGAACUUUUUUCUCUAUGUAUAGAGUCAAAUUUAAAAGAAAAGUAUAUAUGAUAUGAUUAGAA